UGUGUGGAUGAAUCCAUGGAGGCUGUGGAUUCACUGUGCCCGACAGAAGCUGAACUAAAGAAAUUGGGAACUGAGAAUCAAAAUCAUUGGAUACACAUAAUUUCCAACAUCUUACUCCUUCAAGAAAGAGAAAGAAAACGAGAAUUAAGAAUGAUAGCCGCUGGGAAGUUUGCAGGUCUCGCAAGAAACGCACAGAUGAACCACGAGUUCUCAUUGGCCUCUUCGAUGGACCUUUUGACCAGCAAGCCGUCGUUGGUGACUGAUCAUCUGUCAAACACAUGUCAAGAUGUUUCUCUCCAUGGUACCCUCCCAAGGAAGAAAAAGGGGGUCAUCCCAGUUGGGUCCUCUGAUGUCCUUACUCACAUGGGAACGUUGCCAUACUCCAAACCACAUCGACCUCAUGGAUAUUUGAUUCAAAAUGCUGUAGAGGAAUAUCCCCAGAAAAACUGGAAGAAUGACUUCAUCAGAGACCAGAAUGCUGUGGACCCAGCUAUGGAGUACGUAAAGUUUUCAAAAGACAGACAGGUGAUGGACAGGCAGGCAGUGGGCAGUUCCCCAGAGAAGUUAAAGAAAGAGUUGGAAGAGGAGCUGCAGAUGAGCAGUGACGAUCUGCGCAGUCACGCCUGGUAUCACGGGCGUAUCCCACGACAGGUGGCGGAAAGUCUUAUUCAGAGAGAUGGAGAUUUCCUGAUCCGAGACUCCCUCUCCAGCCCUGGGAAUUUUGUUCUUACCUGUCAGUGGAAAAAUGUCUCUCAGCACUUCAAGAUCAACAAAACCAUCCUGAGGCUCAAUGAAGCUUACUGCCGUGUUCAGUACCGCUUUGAAGAUGAAAGUUUUGACAGCAUUCCUGGUUUGGUUCGGUGCUAUGUGGGAAACCGCAGGCCAAUAUCAAAGCAGAGUGGAGCCAUUAUAUUUCAGCCCAUCAACAGGACAGUUCCGUUACGAUGUCUGGAGGAGAAAUACGGCGUCACUCCAGGCCUGCACAGAGAGGGCAGCAUUCCUGAAGGGCAAGCAGAAACCCCCAAAAGACUGAGCCUCAAUAUGUGUAGUCACCAAGCCAGGGAGCAGAAUUCAGUUCGAGGAAACCUUUUAAGAAACAAGGAAAAAAGUGGCAGCCAUCCAGCAUGUUUGGACCAUGUGCAGGAGCGGAGAUUGCCCCUGAAGACUCACCAGUCAGAAAGCUAUCUGCCAAUAGGUCUAAAAUAUCCAUCUCAAGGGACUGAAGUUGAAACGAGCCCUUGCCCAAAGUCCCCAGCAUUCAGGACGGGCAGCGAACCCGCUCUCAGCCCACGUGUGUUCAGGAGGUUUGCUUCGGAGUUGCAGAUCAAUGAUGUCCUCGGGGGUUCUGACAGCCAGCUCUACCCCAGGCCUCCACCUAAACCUAGCAAAGUGCCCUUUCAGAGGCCUCCACACGGCUCAGAGACACUUUACUGUGAGCUGAGCACGGCUCUUCCCACAGACUGCAGAAUGACAAAGCAACCUUUAUGUCAGAAGAACAGCUUUGUAGAACAUCUGACUGCCAUGGAGAAUGGGACGCAUUGUGAAAUGACCGACAUGAUCGUGGACAGCAGCAACUCUUUGCUGAACUCUGUGGAUCCACUACCACCCCAGAGUGAAAUAGGCAAAGACAGUGGUGCCUUUGUCAAGCCUGUUCUUGAGAUGGUCUCUAGUUUCAGGCCAAACGAUUUUGAGUCUAAACUCCUUCCCCUAGAAAACAAACCCUUGGAGACAGCAAUGCUGAAAAGGGUGAAGGAGCUGCUCACUCACAACACUGCCAAGAUCGUUGCUCAGCAUAUACUUCGGAUGGACUGCAAGGUUGCUAGGAUACUCGAAGUCUCCGAAGAGAGGAGGAGGAUCAUGGGAGUAAAGUCAGGCCUGGAACUUAUUACCCUGCCAUAUGGACACCAACUGCGCCUUGACAUAAUUGAAAGGCACAAUACGAUGGCAAUAGGAAUCGCUGUGGAUAUCCUUGGCUGCACAGGAAACUUAGAAGAGCGUGUUGCAACCUUGAACAGGAUCAUCCAGGUUGCAGUUGAACUUAAGGACUCCAUGGGUGAUCUGUAUGCCUUCUCAGCUAUAAUGAAAGCUCUGGAAAUGCCUCAGAUCACAAGACUGGAGCAAACAUGGACUACUCUGAGGCACUGCUACACCCAGACAGCUAUUAUGUACGAGAAGCAACUUAAACCAUUCAGCAAAGCCUUGCACGAAGGACGAGAAACCAUGUGUGUUCCACAAAACAUUGUCACGGUGCCCUUGCUGAUGCCACUAGUUACUCUGCUGGAACGGCAGGCCGUGGUUUUUGAUGGGAUGGACAUGUGGGAGAACACCGACCAAAGCUGUGAAAUCAUGCUAAAGCACUUGGCAACAGCUCGUUUGAUAGCGCAAAAUGCCGACACCUACAGCACGAAUGCAGAAAGGAUACUCGCAGGUUUUCAGCCAGAUGAUGAGAUGAAUGAGAUCUUCAAAACAGAGUUUCAGAUGAGAUUGCUUUGGGGCAGUAAAGGAGCACAGGUUAACCAAAGUGAACGAUACGAGAAAUUCAACCAGAUUUUAACUGCUCUAUCUCGAAAAUUAGAACCCCCGCUAACAAAGCAGACUGACUAGAAAGAAACCUGAUGGAUUCCCAUAUACAAGACUGAUUCAAUUAUCAAAGAGAAAACAGGUUAUAAAUUUGGCAGUGCCAAAUAUUUGCCCCCCCCCUUUGACAAGUGAAUGCUUUUGAUACCAAGGGAAGCAGUUUCCUGGACAAAAUGCUUUUUCCAGGAGUAUUUCCUGCCUGCUAUCCCACAUAUAUCUUCUUCAUCUGCUGCUAGUUUGGUAGAUUUUAAAAAACUGGUCUUUUUCCUAUGGAAAGUGAUCCUAGGAUAUACAUAACCAGUUGAGAAUAAGGGCAGUGCUUCUUAGAACUUAAUAAACAGACACUUCCAUGCACUUUGAAAUGAGAUUUUGUGCCACUGCCAGAAUUUUUUCCAAGAACAACCCUGCUUCCUCAGAACCAAGAUUUGUAAAUUAUGUGCAUUUAUUUAUGAACUAUGUCAUGACAACUGGAAUCAUUAUUUAUUUCUUAUUGAUGUUAUCUUUCAUGAUCACUGAAGAUAUUGUCCACUAUGUAAAGUAUUGCUGAUGGUGGUUUUAUUAGAUCAUUUUUAGUCUUACAUCCAAUAAUGUAAUUAACAAAUUGUACUGUAGAUAUGGGUAACAAUUUAAAAGCAUGGAUUUGUGGCAGGUAUCAGUUGUAUGAUAUCCUUGAAAUCGAUACGGAAAACUGUAUAUUCACUUAUGAAUUAAAGUGUAUCUUGGAAAUAUUUUUUUAUUUCAUUGCCAGAGUGGAAUGUAAAAAGAUAAAAUAAUUUUACGACCCAAGAUGUCCUUGGCUGAACUUUGCUCCCUGAUUAUUCUUUCUGUUCACUAAUACAUUUAAAUGACACUAUUGAUCAACUACGGCCCGCUGGCCUCAUCUUCAGUUCUUCCCUCUUCUUUGUUUAGUAC